AUCGUCGAAUGGGCUUUCGGAAAGCGUAUGACGCCCGCCGAGCGUCUGCGCAAACACCAGCGUUCGCUCGAGAAGACGCAACGAGAACUAGACCGCGAGCGCGUGAAGCUAGAGAAUCAAGAGAAGAAACUUAUACAGGAGAUCAAGAAGAGUGCGAAGAAUGGGCAAAUGGGUGCAUGCAAGAUCCAGGCGAAGGACUUGGUGCGGACGAGGAGGUAUAUUGAGAAGUUCUAUUCGAUGAGGACGCAGUUGCAGGCUAUUUCAUUGAGGAUACAGACUGUUAGGACGAAUGAGCAGAUGAUGCAGGCGAUGAAGGGCGCGACAGGUGUACUGGGAAGCAUGAAUCGCAAUAUGAAUCUGCCGGCGCUGCAGCGGAUAGCGAUGGAGUUUGAGAAAGAGAAUGACAUUAUGGAUCAGAGGCAGGAGAUGAUGGAUGAUGCUAUCGAUGAUGUUACAGGGUUGGAGGAUGAGGCUGAGGGCGACGAAAUUGUCGACCAGGUGUUGGAGGAGAUUGGAGUGGAUCUUAAGAAUGCUAUGGGUGAGACCCCGCAGGGUCUCCAGGGCAAUGUGGUGGCUGAGGGCAAGAUUGCACAAGCUGUCGGCGGGGGUGGUGCGGGGGAUCCGGGUGACAACGACCUGCAAGCCAGGCUCGACAGUCUCAGACGGUGA